AUGCCUCCCUUACGGUCAAAAAAGUCUGCCAAUGGUAGCGCAAAAUCGAAAAAGGAUGCGCCAAAAAUUCUUCAAGAAAGUGAGGAGAGUGCCAGUGACAAUGAGAGUGUGGACAUGAUGGAUAAGGAUUCCGAUGAAGAGGAGUUAGACAGACUUGUUUUGGGAGACGGUGCAGGAUUCACGGCUCAAUUGGGUCAAGAUAUGGAUUUUGAAUCGGAAGAUGAAGAAGAAGAAAAGGGUCAAGACGAGGAACAAGAGGACAUUGGAAUUGAGGGUGUUGACGAUGCAGAUCUAUUUUUUCUCGACUCCGGACCAUCCACAGUACCUCAAGAUGCAUUAAUACCACGUCCACAACCUGAAGACGAAGAGGGAGGAGAUGCGCUGGCUUGGGAAGAUAGCGAUGAUGAUCGAUUGAAUGUAUCUCUAGCUGGAAAUUCUCGUUUAAGAAAACUUCGAGUCAAUGAAGGAGAAGAUAUAGUUAGUGGAAGAGAGUACACACGGCGACUACGAAUGCAAUUUGAGCGUCUCAAUCCUGUUCCAGAGUGGGCGCAAUCUUCUAGGCCGACAAAGCGACGUCGCAGGUCAUCUGCAGCCUCCGACUCUUCAUUGUCUUCGAACGAUAUGGACGUUGAUGAUUCCGACCUUUCUACAUUACCUCUCGCAAGACUUCUUCAAGAUGCCGGAGCUCUCACAAAAGAAGCACCCGCUACCUCAAAAAGACCAAAACUCAGACCUGAAGUUCUCGAUAUCCAAAGAACGAGGGAUAUACCCAAAACUCAACCAUCAGCCGUCACUUCUCUUUCCUUCCAUCCAGAAUACCCAGUCAUACUUUCUUCAGGUCCAGCAUCAACUCUAUAUCUACACCAAUAUGCGCCCACAGCCCAUCCACAUCCACAUCCACAACUUACUAGCGUUCACGUUAGGAAAACCCCCAUUGCUACAUCCGCAUUCCUUCAUCCUUCCGGAGACAAAAUCAUUUUCGCUGGUCGACGCCGUUAUUUCCACAUCUGGGAUCUUCCUUCUGGAGAGAUCAACAAGGUUACGCGAAUUUAUGGACAUAAGGAUGAUCAAAAGACUAUGGAAAGAUUCAAGCUCAGUCCUUGUGGCCGAUAUAUGGGACUGAUUGGUUCAUCGAAAAAGGGAGGCGGUCUUAUAAAUAUUCUUGAUGCAACCACAACACAAUGGAUAGCAUCAGCAAGAAUUGAAGGCAAAAAUGGAGUUGCAGAUUUCGCCUGGUGGAGAACUGGAGAAGGAUUAACUGUUGUAGGAAAGGGUGGAGAAGUAGGAGAAUGGAGUAUGGAAACUGGAUCUUUUGUCGCUCGUUGGAACGAUGAUGGUUCCAUCGGUGCUACUGUCCUUACACUCGGUGGACCAAAUGGACCCAAACAACUCGGUGGAGAUCGUUGGGUAGUGAUUGGAUCUCAAAGUGGUGUGGUCAAUAUUUACGAUCGCAAGAAUUUCAUCUCAGGAAACGAUAUAAAAAUACCCGAGAGACCUGAGCCAAAUAGACGACUUUUGCAAUUAACUACACCUACAAGUCAUUUGCAAAUUAGUCCCGAUGGACAAUUGUUGGUCUUUAGUAGUAGGUGGAAGAAAGAUGCUUUGAGACUGGUACAUCUACCUAGUUGUACAGUAUAUAAGAAUUGGCCAACAUCGAAUACGCCAUUAGGAAGAAUUUCAUCCGUGGCAUUUGGUAGUGGAAGUGAUGUUUUGGCGGUUGGUAAUGAAGCUGGAAAGAUUAAGUUGUGGGAAAUCAGAAGUUAG